AUGGCACACCCAUUUGUCUGGGCUAUGCGCAUCAUUCACGCGUUCGAGGAUCGCAUCGUCGCAGCUAUUCUUCGACGUCCGGGUUUUCAUCGCGGCGUCGGCCGCAUCCACAAGUUCAUCGACGAGAAGCAAAACGGCCGCCUGCCGCACGAGCCCCUGGCCCCUGGCGAAGCUACCGCGGAUCCGGACGCACCCGACCGAGCUCGCAGCUUCGUCAAGCACUUCUUCGACGAACUUCGCAAUCAAGCACGGGGCAAGCCGACUGACAUUGACAAACCACCGUACAAAUGA